GCUCUCAAGUCCCCUAAAGACUUUCAGAAAACUUUGGGACUUUUCACAAAAUCAUAGAAAAUUUACCUUUCUUUUUUUUGUUUUUGUUUUUUUUUUUGUUUGUUUGUUUGUUUUGCCUCCUGGAAGCCUACGAUAUUCUUAGAGAACUGAUCUUUAGCUUCUCCAAUCGAACAUUUUCCAGCCAUCAGAGCCAUGCACAUCGAGCUCUCCACCUGCUUCUUUCUGUGCCUCUGGCCAUGCAGCUUCGGUGCCAUCAGAAGAUACUACCUGGGCGCAGUGGAACUGUCCUGGGACUAUAAGCGAAGUGAACUGCUCAGUGACCUGCACGUGAACACGAGGUUUCCUCCCAGAGUGCCCAAACCUUUUCCAUUCAACACCUCAGUCAUGUACAGAAAGACUGUGUUUGUAGAGUUCACAGAUCAACUUUUCAACAUCGCCAAGCCCAGACCACCAUGGAUGGGUCUGCUGGGUCCAACUAUCCAGGCUGAGGUUUAUGACACUGUGGUCAUUACACUUAAGAAUAUGGCUUCUCAUCCUGUUAGUCUUCAUGCUAUCGGCGUAUCCUACUGGAAAUCUUCUGAAGGUGCUGCAUAUAAGGAUGAAACCAGCCAAAGGGAGAAGGAAGAUGACAAAGUCAUUCCUGGUAAAAGUCAUACCUACGUCUGGCAGGUCUUGAAAGAAAAUGGUCCAACAGCCUCUGACCCACCAUGUCUCACCUACUCAUAUCUUUCUCAUGUGGACCUGGUGAAAGAUGUGAACUCAGGUCUCAUCGGAGCCCUGCUAAUUUGUAGAGAAGGGACUCUGAUCAAAGAAAGGACACAGACCUUGCACGAAUUUGUACUACUGUUUGCUGUAUUUGAUGAAGGGAAAAGUUGGCACUCGGGAAAAAAUGAGUCCUUGACUCGUGUUAUGGAUUCUGCAUCUGCACUGCACACCAUCAAUGGCUAUGUAAACAGGUCUCUGCCAGGUCUGAUUGGAUGUCAUAAGAAAUCAGUCUAUUGGCACGUGAUUGGAAUGGGCACCACCCCAGAAGUGCACUCAAUUUUCCUCGAAGGCCACACAUUUCUUGUGAGGAACCAUCGCCAGGCUUCCUUGGAGAUCUCACCAAUAACUUUCCUUACCGCUCAGACAGUCCUAAUGGACCGUGGCCAGUUUCUACUGUUUUGUCAUAUUUCUUCCCACCAACAUGAUGGUAUGGAAGCUUACAUCAAAGUAGAUAGUUGCCCAGAGGAACCCCAACUAUGGACAAAAAAUAAUGAAGAAGAAGAUUAUGAUGAUGGUUUGGAUGACUCUGACAUGGAUGUGGUCAGGUUUGAUGGCGACAGUGCGCCUCCCUUUAUCCAAAUGCGCUCAGUUGCAAAGAAGCAUCCUAAAACCUGGGUCCACUACAUUGCUGCUGAAGAGGAUGACUGGGACUAUGCCCCCUCGGUCCUCACCUCCAAUGACAGAAGUUAUAAAAGUCUGUAUCUGAACCAUGGUCCCCAGCGGAUUGGUAAGAAGUACAGAAAAGUCCGAUUUAUAGCUUACACAGAUGGGACAUUUAAGACUCGUGAAGCUAUUCAGCAUGAAUCGGGGAUCCUGGGGCCUUUACUUUAUGGAGAAGUUGGAGACACACUUUUGAUUAUAUUUAAGAAUCAAGCAAGCCGGCCAUAUAACAUCUACCCUCAUGGAAUCACUGAUGUCAGUCCUUUGCACUCAGGGAGAUUUCCAAAAGGUGUGAAACAUUUGAAAGACAUGCCAAUUCUGCCAGGAGAAGUGUUCAAGUAUAAAUGGACAGUGACUGUAGAAGAUGGGCCAACUAAAUCAGAUCCUCGGUGUCUGACCCGAUAUUACUCAAGUUUCAUUAACAUAGAGAAAGAUCUAGCUUCAGGACUCAUUGGCCCCCUUCUCAUCUGCUACAAAGAAUCUGUAGAUCAAAGAGGAAACCAGAUGAUGUCAGACAAGAGAAAUGUCAUCCUGUUUUCUGUAUUUGAUGAGAAUAAAAGUUGGUACCUCACAGAGAAUAUUCAGCGCUUCCUCCCCAAUGGAGUACAGCCCCAGGAUCCAGAGUUCCAAGUCUCCAACAUCAUGCACAGCAUCAAUGGCUAUGUUUUUGAUAGCUUGCAGCUGUCGGUUUGUUUGCAUGAGGUGGCGUACUGGUACAUUCUAAGUGUUGGAGCCCAAAUUGACUUCCUCUCUGUCUUCUUCUCUGGAUAUACCUUCAAACACAAAAUGGUCUAUGAAGAUACACUCACCCUAUUCCCCUUCUCGGGAGAAACUGUCUUCAUGUCAAUGGAAAAUCCAGGUCUGUGGGUUCUGGGGUGCCACAACUCAGACUUUCGGAACAGAGGCAUGACAGCCUUACUGAAGGUUGAUAGUUGUGACAGGAACGUUGGUGAUUAUUAUGACACAUAUGAAGAUAUUCCAACCUUUUUGCUGAGUGAAAACAAUGUCAUUGAACCCAGAAGCUUCUCCCAGAAUUCAAGGUACCCUAGCACUAGGCAAAAGCAAUUCAAACCCACCACGACUCCAGAAAAUGACAUAGAGAAGACUGACCCUCAGUCUGGAGAGAAAAUGCAGCUGCUUAAAGAACAAAGUGUCUCCUCUAGUGAUUUGUUUAUGCUCUUGGGACAGAAUCCUACUCCACACAGAUUAUCCUUAUCUGAUCUCCAAGAAGCCAGAAAUGAGGCUACCGAUCAUUUACCUGAACCAACAGAAAGAAACAAAGGCCCAUCCCCAUCUGAAGUGGCACAUCUCGGACCAGAGCUCCAUCACAGUGGGGAAGGAGUAUUUACUCAAGAGCCAGAACUGCCACUAAGAUUAAAUGAGAAUUUGGGAACAACUAUAAUGGCAGAGUUGAACAAACUUAAUUUAAAAAUUUCAAGUUCAUCAAACAACAAUCUAAUGCCUUUACCAACAAUUCCAUCAGACAAGUUGUCAGCAGGUACUGAAAAGACAGGUUCCUUCGGACCCCCAAAUAUGCCAGUUAAUUUUAAUAGUCAAUUAGGUGCCAUUGUAUUUGGCAAAAGUUUAUCUCAUGUUAUUGGGUCACGUGUACCUUUGGGCUUGAGUAAAGAAGAUAAUGAUUCCAAGUUGUUAGAAGCAGCUUUAAUGAAUAGUCAAGAAAGUUCACUGGGAGAAAAUGUAUUAUCAAUGGAGAGUGAUAGGCUAUUUAAAGAGGAAAGAGUUAAUGGACCUGCGCCAUUGACCAAAGAUGAUGCUUUAUUUAAAGUUAAUAUCUCUUUGGUAAAGACAGACAAGGCACCAGCUAACUCAACAACUAACAGAAAGACUCACACUGAUGACCCAACAGUAUUAACUGAGAAUAGUACAUCAGUCUGGCAAGAUAUUGUUAUAGACAGUAUUACCAACUUUCAAGAAGUGACUUCUUUGAUUCAUGAUGAAUUGUUUAUAGACAAAAAUACUACAUCUUUUGGACUAAGUCAUGUGUCAAAUAAAACUACUUCAUCCAAAAAAAGGGAAAUGACCCACCAAGAUAAAGAAGGCCCUGGGCCACUAGAUACAGAAUAUCCAGAUACACCGUUCUUCAAGACUCUGUUUUUGCCAGAUUCAACAAAUGUGAUAAAAAGAACCCAUGGCAAGAACUCCCUAAGCUCUGGGCAAAGGCCCAGUCCAAAGCAAUUAACAUCAUCAGUAUCAGAAAACUCUGUGAAAGAUCAGAAUGUCUUAUCAGAAAAGAAUAAGGCAGUAGCAGAAGAUCAUGAAUUUAGCAAGGACACCGGCCUUGAAGAGAUGAUUUUUCCAAAUAGCAAAAACAUAGUUCUUACUAACUUGGCUAAUGUCCAAGAAAAUGAUACAGACAAUCAAGAAAAAAAAUCCCAGGAAGAGACAGAAAGGAAAGAAACAUUAAUCCCUGAGAAUGCAGUUUUGCCUCAGGUGUAUACAGUGAUUGGAACUAAGAAUUUCCUGAAGAACCUCUUUUCACUAAGCACUAAGCAAAAUGUCGGAGGUUUAGAUGAAGAGACAUAUACUCCGGUACUUCAAGACAACAGGUCAUUAAAUGAUUCGGCAAAAAGAGCCGGGAUUCAUGCAGCCCAUUUCUCAAAACGAAGGGUGGAAACAAACGUGGAAGUCUUAGGGAAUCAAACAAAGCAAAUGGUAGAGAAAUCUCCAAGCACUACAAGACUGUCUUCUAUCCCAAGUCAGCAGGAUGCAGUUCCUCACCGUGAUAAGCGGGGUUUGAAACAAUCCAGACUCCCACAGGAAGAAGUAAAGCUUGAAAGAGGGGUAACUUUGAAUGACGCCUCAACUCAGUGGUCCAAAAGCAUGAAACGUUUGACCCAGGGCACCUUCACACAGAUAGAACACAAGAUGGAGAAAAGGACCAUUACUCAGUCCUUCUUACCAGAUUGUUCUCUGAGGAGUCAUAGGUCAAUUAGACCUACAGAUGUGAUCAAGAUCCCACCCCAAGAUAACUCUUCUCAUCCUCCAGCAUCACCCUAUGGUUGUAACUUGGGGGCAAGUCAUUCUGGGAUCCAAGAAACCAGUCACUUCUUACAAGGAGCCAAGAAAAAUAACCUUUCUUUAGCCUUCCUAACAUUGGAAGUGAUCGGAAGUCAAAGAAAGAGCAGCGCCCUGGGGAAACAGGCCACAAAUCCACUCAUGUACAAGAAACUUGAGAACAUGGUUCUCUUGAAACAAGGCUUGUCUGAAGCAUCUGGGAAAGUUGUUCAUCAGGAAGACUUGCCUACAAAAACUAGCAAGGUUUCUCCUGCCCACCUGGAUCUCAGGGAAGAGAUCUUCCUUCAGAAAACACAGGGGCUUGUUAAAUUGAAUAUAGUCUACAGGCCUGGAAAAGUGCCAUCUCUGAAAUGGACAACAGAAAGCUCUGAAAAGAUUCCAUCCAAGCUGCUGGGUCCCCUUGCUUGGGAUAACCAAUCAGCUACCUUGAUACCAAGAGAAGACUGGAAAUCCCUAGAGAGGUCACACAAACUCACAUCUUUGAAGACAAAAGAUAUCACUUUGCCUCUGGACCCUAGUGAAAACUAUCAUUCAAUAGCAGUAGCAAAUGAAGGAGAAGAUAAGGCCAAAAGAGAAGCUUCCUGGCCAAAGCAAGAAGGGACUGGAAGGGUGUGCUGUCAAAAUCCACCAAUCUUGAAACGCCAUCAAAGGGAGAUAACCCUUACUACUCUUCAGCCAGAGCCAGACAAAACCGACUAUGAUGAUACUUUGUCGAUUGAAACAAAGAGAGAAGAUUUUGACAUUUAUGGUGAAGAUGAAAAUCAGGACCCCCGCAGCUUUCAAAAGAGAACACGCCACUAUUUUAUUGCUGCAGUGGAGCGGCUCUGGGAUUAUGGGAUGAGUAGAUCCCCCCACGCACUAAGAAACAGGUCUCAGAAUGGAGGAGUCCCUCAGUUCAAAAAGGUGGUAUUCGAGGAAUUUACUGAUGGCUCCUUUACUCAGGCUGUAUACCGUGGACAACUGAAUGAACACCUGGGACUCUUGGGACCAUACAUAAGAGCAGAAGUGGAAGACAAUAUUAUGGUAACUUUCAAAAACCAGGCCUCUCGUCCCUACUCCUUCUAUUCUAGCCUUAUUUCUUAUAACGGAGAUCAGAGACAAGGAGCAGAACCUCGAAAAAAGUUUGUCAAGCCUAACGAAACCCAAAGCUACUUUUGGAAAGUGCAGCACCAUAUGGCACCCACCAAAGAUGAGUUUGACUGCAAAGCCUGGGCUUACUUUUCUGACGUUGAUCUGGAAAAAGAUGUGCACUCAGGCUUGAUUGGCCCCAUUCUGAUCUGCCGCGCAGACACACUAAGUGCUGCUCAUGGGAGACAAGUGACAGUACAGGAAUUCGCUCUGUUUUUCACCAUUUUUGAUGAAACCAAGAGCUGGUACUUUGCCGAAAACAUGGCAAGGAACUGCGGGGCGCCCUGCCAUGUCCAGCUGGAUGACCCUACUUUUCAAGAAAAGUAUCGCUUCCAUGCAAUCAAUGGCUACGUGAUGGAUACACUCCCUGGCUUAGUCAUGGCUCAGCAUCAAAGGAUUAGGUGGUAUCUGCUCAGCAUGGGCAGCAAUGAAAAUAUCCACUCCAUUCAUUUCAGUGGCCAUGUGUUCACUGUGCGAAAAACAGAGGAGUAUAAAAUGGCAGUCUACAAUCUCUACCCAGGUGUCUUUGAGACGGUGGAAAUGCUACCAUCAAAGGUUGGGACAUGGCGGAUAGAAUGUCUUAUUGGCGAGCACCUACAAGCUGGGAUGAGCACUCUCUUCCUGGUGUACAGCAAGGAGUGUCAAAUUCCACUGGGAAUGGCUUCUGGACGUAUUAGAGAUUUUCAGAUUACAGCUUCAGGACAAUAUGGACAGUGGGCCCCAAAGCUGGCCAGACUUCAUUAUUCUGGAUCAAUCAAUGCCUGGAGCACCAAGGAUCCCUCUCCUUGGAUCAAGGUGGAUCUGUUGGUGCCGAUGAUUAUUCACAGCAUCCUGACUCAGGGUGCCCGGCAGAAGUUCUCCAGCCUGUACAUCUCUCAGUUUAUCAUCAUGUACAGCCUCGAUGGACAGCGGUGGCAGGGUUAUCGGGGGAACUCCACCGGGACUUUAAUGGUGUUCUUUGGCAAUGUGGAUUCAUCUGGAGUAAAACACAAUAUUUUUAACCCUCCAAUUAUUGCUAGAUAUAUCCGUUUGCACCCAACGCAUUACAGCAUCCGCAGCACUCUUCGCAUGGAGUUGAUGGGCUGUGAUUUAAACAGUUGCAACAUGCCACUGGGAAUGGAGAAUAAAGCAAUAUUAGAUACACAGAUUAGUGCCUCAUCCCACUUAAGCAACAUGUUUGCCACCUGGUCUCCUUCACAAGCCCGACUUAACCUUCAAGGGAGGACAAAUGCCUGGAGACCCAAGGUGAAUAAUCCAAAAGAGUGGCUACAAGUGGACUUCCAGAAGACAAUGAGAGUUACAGGAAUAACCACCCAAGGGGUGAAAUCUAUGCUUACCAGCAUGUAUGUGAAGGAGUUCUUCAUAUCCAGUAGUCAAGAGGGCCAUAACUGGACUCCAUUUCUUCAGAAUGGCAAAGUGAAGGUUUUUCAGGGAAAUCAAGACUCCUUCACCCCCGUGGUGAAUGCUCUAGACCCCCCGCUGUUUACCCGCUUCCUUCGGAUUCACCCACGGAGCUGGGCAAACCAUAUUGCCCUGAGGCUGGAGCUUCUGGGCUGUGAGGCGCAGCAGCAGUACUAAGGGCCGGUGCCUCCCUCCUGUCCCUGAGCCUUUCCUAACUCAGAUGCAGCGUCCCUGUGAGCCCUUCCGCCGGGUGACUUCCUGCCCCACGCUGCCCACAGUGCCAUCGGUUUUUGCUGUAUUUCAACACCUCUAUGCCAGCAGUUAUGCCCUGAAGCCACCCAAAUCAAUUGCCAUGGGGACUGCGUUCUCUGGAGUCAUGUGGAAAGCAUUCUCCUCCGGAGGUGGCAUUCACUUCCUCCUCUGUGGUGAUGAAGAAGGGUCACGAUCAUACUAGGCUUCUAAAGGACAUGUUUUUAAUGUUUCCUCAGAAAAAUGAGGAAACUCCGUGGCUCUCUGGCGUAGGAGACCCAACACGAUCUACCUGGAAAUUCUUUACCAUGACUGAAAACUAGAGGCCCUCUUUACAGAGUUAAAUCUCGGGGAGUCAGAAGGAAACUGAGCUGGUGGAAGCAGAGAGAAAAUUCCUCCAGUCAGCCACAUGCCCUUUCCAGGAGGAACCCCCGCCUUGCCCCACCCC